CAAGGCCAUUAUCAAGAGGUGAAAUGGCGCAGCAAGGAAACCAGCUGGACUCUGUCAAGUUCUCUUGUUCGAUCUGUCUGGAUCUACUGAAGGAUCCGGUGACGAUUCCCUGUGGACACAACUACUGCAUGGACUGUAUUAAAACAUGCUGGGAUGAGGAGGAUCACAGAGGAGUCCACAGCUGUCCUCUGUGCAGAGAGACCUUCACAUUGAGACCCGUCCUGGUGAGAAACAGCAUGUUAGCAGAGUUAGUGGAGGAUCUGAAGAAGACUGGACUCCAAGCUGCUCCAGUUGAUUACUGCUAUGCUGGACCUGAAGAUGUGACCUGUGAUCUCUGCACUGGGAGGAAGGUGAAAGCUGUCCAGUCCUGUCUGGUCUGUUUAGUUUCUUAUUGUGAGAAACAUCUCCAACCUCACUAUGAUGUAGCGCAGCUGAAGAAACACAAGCUGGUGGACCCCUCCAACAAGCUCCAGGAGAACAUCUGCUCUCGUCACGAUGAGGUGAUGAAGAUCUUCUGUCGUACUGAUCAGCAGAGUAUCUGUUAUCUGUGUACAAUGGAUGAACAUAAAGGUCAUGAAACAGUUGCAGCUGCAGCAGAAAGAUGUGAGAAGCAGAAGGAGCUGGAGGUGAGUCGACAACAAAUCCAGCAGAGAAUCCAGGACCGAGAGAAAGACAUAGAGAUGCUUCAGCAGGAGGUGGAGGACAUCAAUGUCUCUGCUGAUAAAGCAGUGGAGGACAGUGAGAAGACCUUCGACGAGGUUAAACGUCUCCUCCAGAAAAGAAACUCUGAUGUGAAGCAGCAGGUCAGGUCCCAGCAGGAACAUGAAGUGAGUCGAGUCAAAGAUCUUCAGGAGAAACUGCAGCAGGAGAUCACUGACCUGAAGAGGAGAGAAGCUGAGCUGGAGAAGCUCUCACACACAGAAGACCACAACCAGUUCCUCCACAACUACCCCUCACCGUCACCCCUCAGUGGCUCCACACACUCAUCCAGCAUCCAGAUUCGUCCUCUGAGAUACUUUGAGGAUGUGACAGCAGCUGUGUCAGAGACCAGAGAUAAACUACAGGACCUUCUGAGAGAGACGUGGACAAACAUCUCACUGUCAGUGGCUGAAGUAGAUGUUUUACUGUCGGAACCAAAACCAAAGACCAGAGAUAAACUGCAGGACCUUCUAGGAGCGAAAGUGACAACAACCCCACUGUCAGUGGCUGAAGUAGAUGUUUCAGUGUCAUCAGGAGAGCCAGACGCUAGAGCUGGAUUUUUAAAAUAUUCUCGCAAAAUCAAUCUGGAUCCAAACACAGCAAACCCAUACCUGCAAUUAUCAGAGGGGAACACGAGAGCAACGAUGAUGAGAGAGAAGGAAUAUUAUCCCAUUCACCAAGACAGAUUCACUAGACGGUGGCAGGUCCUGAGUAGACAGAGACUUAAUGCCCGUUGUUACUGGGAGGUGGAGUGGAGUGGAGGAGGAGGAGGAGGAAUUGAAGUAGCAGUUGCAUAUGACGACAUCAGCAGAGCAGGAAACUCAGAUGACUGCGUGUUUGGAUUAAAUGACAUGUCUUGGACUUUAAUCUGUAAUGCAACCAGUUAUACAUUCUGUCACGAUGGUAUUGAAACUCCUGUCCUAGGUCCUCCUUCCUCCAGAAUAGGAGUUUACCUUGACCACAGAGCUGGUAUUCUGUCCUUCUACAGCGUCUCUGAGACCAUGACCCUCCUCCACACAGUCCAGACCACCUUCACUGACCUGCUCUACGCUGGACUUUGGCUUUCACGCUCUAGUGGAACAACUGCCAAGAUCCUCCACAUUAAAUAGAGCAGUGAAACUGUGAGCAUGUGUUGGCAUGUGGGACUGUGCAUUAAAACAGAGGUUCCCAACACAGAUCCUGGGGCCCACCACGGUCCUGGGGCCCACCACGAUCCUGCACAUCUCAAACCUCCAGGACACCGACCCUAGGGGACCAGGGUUAAGCAACACUGCAUCAGAGGGCCAACGAUUCUUCCUGCAUCACUGGAAUAAACCUUGACACAAACACAACAGAUGGAGGAACUAUUCUGAAUUUAGAAAUGGGAAUGUUUUAAAAUCCGUAACAAAGAAACAAAAAAACAGACUCCAUAGAACGAUAGAGGAAGGUGUUUCCAUCCUGAAAUGUCAACAGCAUUGCAGUUAUACUUAAUUUAAUAGAAGCAGUUAUUGUAUCAUAUAUUAGUUUAUGUUAUAGAAUUAUGUUAGCUUUAACACAGUUCCCUUCUUCAUAAUCAACAACAUUUAAAUGGUUCAGUAAAGUUAAUAGUGGUUUAUAUUUGCUCUGGUGGAUCAUUAUAGGCUUGACUUUUUUUUUUAGCUCAAGCUGAAAUGUGAAAAUCUGAUUUAUAUUAGGGCUGGGACUCGAUUAAAAAAAUGUAUCGAAUUAAUUACAGGCUUUGUAAUUAAUCGCAAUUUGAUCGCAUAUCAAUUUUAGACUUGAGAACAAUGAGAUUUCCUUUUUUUGUUUGUUUCAAAUGGAUUUUUGUAUACGAGUGAAUGAUUGACUAGUGAAAACAUAUGUUCAAUUUAUGAAACAGUUUAUUUUUGUCAAGGUGGUGCUUCACCAAGAACAAAUCAGUGCAAUUUGCUAUAAAGUGCAGUAAAUUAAAUAUAUGCAGUAUGCACAUUGAAUGAGAGAGGUAGCCUAUAGUCAAGGACCUUCUGUAAACACUUAAAUAUAACAAAAUACUUUCAACUGUUUCAAGUACAUUCCAGAACAUGGAAACACAUUAGAAAACAGAGCACCUGUCUGUAACUUCAGAGGCCUGAGCAGAGAUUUAACAAAUAGAUUUUUUUUUCAGAAGAACACCUGUCUGUUGCUCUAGAGGCCUGAACCUAGAUAAAGCAAAUAGCAAUAUUUCACUCAGUUGUCUGUUUCCUUUAAUCCUCAAAAUCCUCCAGUUAAGAGUCACAGCUCGUCAUUGACGAAUUGUAGUGGCAAAAAUCUAAUGAUAAGUUUUCCUUGUUUCUUUACUUGCCACAUGGAAAGGCUUAAGCAGUGUGUCAGACUCCCAGCUGUCCUUUAAAUAAAUCCAAAGACCGUUGUGAUUUCCUGAUGCUUAGAAUUUAUUGUUAAAAUAACAAACUUUAAAUAAAGAUGAAAUUAGAGUCCUUGAGUUUUAACAGUGGUUGUCAGAGGGUUUUAUUCCCAGGGUCGGCGCCAGAGCAAAUAUUCCGAGGGGGCACGAGGCUUAUUAGGGCGGGCACCAAAUCAGGCAUGUAGGACAGCAUUUUAAGGAAAAAAGUGCAUUCUCACUGCUUUCCUAUUAAUAAUCUGUCUAAAACAGCCUUUCUCAACCUUUUUUCAGUCAUGACACCUUUCAAAAGUGAAUAAAAUCUCACGACACCCCAGAGUAAAAAUAUCAUUAAAUACCGCACUGCAUCGCUCUGAUUGUAAAUGCAUAAGUCCCAUUUAUUUUGUAUCAAUAACUUGAACACGAUAACUGCACCAGAGUUAAAAAGCGUGCAUUUCCGAGGCGCCGCAUGGCACAGAAAGUGACUCUGACAGCGAGGAAUUUCGGACUGGCACAGCUGAUUUAGCAGAGCUCUUUAAUGCAGAAACAGAGGAUGAAGACUUCGAUGGGUUUGAUUAAUGUAAAAACUGAAAUAAAGUACAAUCAACAAAGUUUUACUCCCGCUCUCUUUUUAAAUAGGCACACUUGUGUGCUUGUGUGUGUGUUCUGCGGCGCGCGCGUGUGUGUGUUUUCGGUCGGUGCGCCGUGUGUGUGUUUUAAAUACAGAAAUGA